CCUUGGAACAUACUCAAUUUGUGUAUUCUUGUAAAGGUUCAUUUAAUUAGUAGAAAUGAAGUGAAGUGUCGAAAAUGAGUGUGGAAAUUAACCAAAGCAACUCGGAAAGUGGGUCUCGUCCGACGCCUAACGUUAAUAAAGGGACUACAAUAAACAGAUGUACCCCCAAAAAGUCAUUAGAGUCGAAGUUGUGGGACUUGUUACAGCCCGUAGCUAGAUUAUGGGGAUUAAUAACUGCUGUAGUGAUGAGCGGCGCCGGCGCAGAACUAAUGGUCCUAGGGUACGAAGUCGCCCCAGGGUUAAUUGCUGGCGCAGCUCUAGUGUUUGUAUUGGAGACUAUGUGGGUGGCUGCACUGUUCAUUGACCUUUUAUGUCGUCGUGGUGAAUAUUCCAUGAAGCUGAGGUGCUGGGACUUCAUGAGGUGGUCCUGUGGUCGUGCUCGGGCUCCAUUCUACGCGUGUGCGGCAACAGCAAUACUGUUUGCUAAUCUUACAAUAUUGGCUACGGUGUCAGGUGGAAUGUUGCUCGUGCUGGCAGCCUUGCGGGCUACCGUCCCGUUCUCCCCAUACGCGACCCACGGACCGCACUCUCCCCGCGCGGGCAGCACGCUUCUGAGUCAGCACGACUCGAACAUACCCGACGUCUAUUACAAUGCAGCACAAUCCGCUGACGACAGAUGUGAAGAAAUGACAGUUCUUGAUGUGAUGACCUCAGACAGAUCACGUUCAGUAACACCGAAACCGCGGCUUCUGGAACUUUGACUUGUUUUAUUAAGUAAAAAAUAAUAAUAAUUCAUAAAUGAAUUCUUCAAACGCGGUUUCAAAGAUAACAUUAUCAAUAUUCGUUACCAGACUUCGAACUUCAGCGAGAAAACUAACCCAGGAAACUUUGUUCUUAAAAAUGUAGCCAUUGCUACAUAUAACUCUACUUUAAGUGGAGUGAAUUUUUAUCCGCUUGUUUUUAAGUUGCUUUAAUGAUACUAAGCUUACGGUCCGUUUCUGAAAAAAAUGAGUACCUACCGUAAAAAAGGAAAGGCUUUAUCGCUGAUUUAAUCAUCAAUUAUCAAAAAUUUUCGAGACACUUAUUCCAGAAUCCUACCAAGAAAUAAACAAUAAUAUUUAAGUUAAAACAAUAAAUUGGUACAAUAGUUUUAAAUAACAUUACUUUAAAGCGAUCAAUAUAUUUAUAAAACUAUAUUUCUUCAUAGCCAUAAUCUCGACAGCGGCAUUAUUUGGUUAACACUUUAGAAACGGACCUAUAAAACAUAUUUAUUGAAUUUUCAUAUCCAAGUGAUUUAUAAAAAAAAAAAUCAUAAUAUUAUUCAAUUAUAUAAACAGAAUUUGUAAAAAACUAAAUUAUGACUUAUAAUGAAAUGGCAUAAGGUUAGUAACUAGUAAUAAAGUAUUGAAUUAUUUAUUUUCUACUUUUAUAUGUCCUUAAAAUCUGUGAUAGAAUAGAUUAGUUAGUUACAUUUAUAUUUAAGUUUAAAAUUAAAUUACAUGAAGUGCAUAUAUGCGUGUAUUAAUAAAUAAUAAAGUAUUGUUGU